AUAGGUGUCUUUCAUUCAGGCGUCCAAAUUGGAGAUAAAGAAUAUUGUUUUGGUGGACAUAGUCUACCCAAUAUUACAGGUGUCUUUGUGGUGGAGCCGAAAGUAGGCAUACCAGAACUUACAUUAAAACAAACAAUUGAUAUGGGUACAACAGAUCUGUCCAAACGUGAAAUCGAAGAAUUACUCGUCACUCUUUCUGAUGAAUUCACAGGCCCUUCCUAUAACCUAUUAACAAGAAAUUGCAAUCAUUUUACAGAAGCCUUUGUUGAGAAGCUAACACAGCAACCACUACCCCCUUGGAUUAACCGUGCUGCUAGAAUCGGAAGCAUGUUUCCUUGUGUUGUCCCUUAUGAAUGGAUCCAACCACCAGAAUUUGCCGAAGAGGCAGAAGAAGAAGUUGAACAACAACAACAGCAACAACAA